CAAACAAAACAAACUGUUAAUAUAGAUAAAUCUAAGCGUAGCUGAGGAAGUAAACACGGCUUUUAUUUUGAAAGGUGUGAGAUGUUUACGGAAGCUGUUGGAAAGGAAGCGGAAGCGGAAGUGCAGGUUUGGCGGGAGCAGCUGAAGAUGGACGCGCGCAGAGUGAAGCAGAAAGUGAGCGCGGGGUUUAAGAUGCGCGGAUUAAUCCUGCGUCCGGAGUCCAGCCGCUUGCUGCUGCGGGUUCUGGAGUCCGUCACUGAAGCGGAUCUGGAGGAGGUUCUGGAGCGGAUCCUGGACGCUGUCGAGAAACAACCGCUGGGGUCCAGUAUGGUGGAGCUGUCGGUGGUGGAGGCGGCGGUCCAGGACUGCAGUCAGGCGUGUGAUGAAACCAUCGACAAUGUUUUCAACAUCAUUGGAGCCUUUGACGUGCCUCGAUUCAUCUUCAGCACAGAAAGAAAGAAAUUCGUCCCCAUCAGCAUGACGAAUCAUCCGGUCCCUAAACUCUGCGGUCAGUCCAGAGAUAAAGCCGAGCUCUUCAGAGAGAGAUACACUAUCUUGCAGCAGAGAACACACAGGCAUGAACUCUUCACUCCUCCUGUUAUUGGUUCAGCUCCAGACGAAGGGAGGAACAAAUUCCAGCUGAAGACGGUGGAGGCUCUUCUGGGCAGCACAGCUAAAGUCGGAGAAGUGAUUGUUCUCGGCAUGAUCACGCAGCUUAAAGAGGGCAAGUUCUACCUGGAGGACCCCAGCGGCGCAGUGCAGCUCAACAUGUCAAAGGCACAGUUCCACAGCGGUCUUUACACCGAGUCCUGCUUCGUUCUGGCUGAAGGAUGGUACGAGGAUUCAGUGUUUCACGUCAACGCUUUUGGGUUCCCGCCCACAGAACCCUCUUCUUUCACCAGGGCUUAUUACGGCAAUAUAAACUUCUUUGGCGGGCCGUCCAGCACUGCGGUCAAAGCAUCGGCCAAACUGAAGCAGCUGGAGGAGGAGAACGAGGACGCCAUGUUUGUGAUCGUGUCAGACGUGUGGCUGGACCGUGUGGAGGUUCUGGAGAAGAUCCAAACCAUGUUCUCAGGCUACUCUGCCAUGCCGCCCACCUGCUUCAUCUUCUGUGGGAACUUCUCUUCAGCUCCGUACGGCAGACACCAGCUCCGAACACUCAAAGAGUCUUUUAAAGCACUUGCUGAUCUCAUUUGUGAGUAUCCCAGCAUUCACAACAGCAGUCGUUUUGUGUUUGUUCCCGGACCAGAAGACCCCGGGCCCGGCACAGUUUUACCCAGAAAAACCAUUACGCCUAUGGAGAGUCCCCACUUUUCACAAAAACAAACCUGUGUGAGAGUGAGAGUGAGUGUGUUUGUGUUUGUGUGUGUGAGAAGAGUGAGCUCAAUGUGUUCAGUGUGGGUUGUGUUCAGGAUUCAGUACUGCAGUCAGGAGAUGGUGGUGAUUCGAGAAGAUCUGGUCAAUAAGAUGUGCAGAAACUGUGUUCGACUCCCAAGCAGCAACCUGGACAUUCCUUCUCACUUUGUGAAAACCAUCUUGUCACAAGGUCAUGUGACGCCGCUGCCGCUCUACGUGUGUCCGGUGCACUGGCCGUAUGAUUACGCUUUACGCGUUUAUCCCGUUCCUGACGUCAUCGUCUUCGCCGACAAAUACGACCCGUUCAACGUAUGCAACACCGACUGCCUGUGCAUCAACCCGGGCUCUUUCCCAAGAAGUGGCUUCUCCUUCAAGGUUUACUAUCCGUCCAACAGAACAGUGGAGGACAGCAAAUUGCAAGGGCUUUAAACGAGUGGAACGCCGUGUGCUUCAUGUUUUUAAUGUUUAUUUCUAUUGCACUCUUUAAAAUGUAGAUUCCUCUUUAGAUUCUGUUACAGUAGUUUCAUACAGCAAUGUUUGAUUUGUGUUGAUGCACUUUUAAAGUAAAAUAAAUAUGGAUAAAAUGUG